AUGCCUCGUUAUGUUUGGUUGAGCUGGACUUUGUUUGCUAUCCCCACAGUCUUUGUUUGCUGUCCCCACAGUGAUACUGAUCCAUCUGCUUCUAACUUAUAUGUUCCAGAUGCUGGGUGCUGCGAAUUUGCAUCGAACCUAGGCUCGAUGUUUGACAUUUCGAGCACACAGUUCUUUGGCGUAGUAAGACUUUGUGAGAGUUUCAAGCGAUGUACAUUCAGAGAUGGCAAUGAUCCAAUUGACGUGAUAUUCGGUUGCGCUGCCCUUGGAUCCUGUAGCUGUUCCAGCUAUAAGGUCCCGGUACAGCUUGCCAGCAGCGAUCGCUGCGCUAUGGUCUUGAUUUGUGAUAGCAGAAACUUGCAAAGGCUGACAAGUCUAGAAAAGACAGACCUUCGAAGUUAUUCUGGCACAUUUACUGAGGAUUCCGGGGUCAGUAUUGGCGUCCGAAGUUGA